AAUUCUACCUUGCUCAAUUUCUUCCAACAUUUUCUAUUUGUCCAAACAAUUAAUUAAUAUUUCAUAAGCUUUCAAACAUCCAAACUUCAACUUUCCAAAAACAUUUUCUAUUUGUCCAAACAAUUAAUUAAUAUUUCAUAAGCUUUCAAACAUCCAAACUUCAACUUUCCAACCUUCAAUCCAAACUUCAACUUUCCAAACAUAUUUCAAUAAUGGAGAGAUCACAAUCCUCACUUCUACAAAUUCAGCCCCCAACUUAUGGAAACUUAGUGACAAUUCUAAGUAUCGAUGGUGGCGGUAUUAGAGGCCUUAUUCCUGCAACUAUCCUUGAGUACCUUGAAUCAGAACUUCAGGAAUUGGACGGUGAAUCUGCAAGACUUGCCGAUUACUUUGAUGUGAUUACCGGAACAAGUACGGGUGGUCUUGUAACUGCCAUGUUAAGUGCUCCAAAUGAUAAACAACGUCCACUUUUUGCUGCUAAAGAUAUCAAGCCCUUUUAUUUGGAACACUGUCCAAGUAUUUUUCCACAAAACAAGCACAUGUUAGGUCCAAUGGGAAAAUUGUUUAGAUCAUUGGCAGGACCAAAAUACGAUGGAAAAUACCUUCACAAUGUGGUGAUGGAAAAGCUUGGAGAAAUUCGUGUGCAUCAGACUCUCACCAAUAUUGUGAUCCCAGCGUUUGACAUAAAGACCAUGCAACCAAUCAUUUUUUCAACAUAUCAAAGCAAGAGAACACCAUGCAUGGAUGCUCGUCUCUCUGACAUAUGUAUUAGUACUUCUGCUGCUCCCACCUAUCUUCCCGGUCACAACUUCAAGAAUCAAGACACAGAAGGAAACGUACAUGAAUUCAACCUCAUUGAUGGUGGUGUUUGUGCAAAUAAUCCGACCUUAGUGGCCGUGAAUGAAGUAACCAAGCAGAUAGUAAAUCAGAAUAAUGACUUCUAUGCCAUCAAGCCCAUGGAAUAUAGUCGCUUUCUGAUAAUUUCACUUGGAACUGGUACACCAAAGAAUGAACAAAAAUUUGAUGCAAAAAUGGCAGCAAAAUGGGGUCUAUUGAAUUGGUUAGCUCACGGCGGUUCCACUCCCUUAAUUGAUAUCUUUAGUCAAGCCUCGGGAGAUAUGGUUGAUUUUCAUAUUGCUACGGUCACUCAAGCUCUUAACUGUCAAGAUAAUUAUCUACGAAUUCAGGAUGAUACAUUGACUGGCAUAGACUCUUCUGUUGAUAUUGCCACGAAAGAGAAUUUAGAAAACCUAUGCAAAAUUGGAGAAAGGUUAUUGAAGAAACCUGUAACUAAGGUCAAUUUAGAGAACGGUAUGUGUGAGCCUACUGGAAAUGCUGAGACCAACCAAGAAGCUCUCAAAAGGUUUGCAAAAAUACUUUCACAAGAGAGGAAGCUUCGAGAAUUGACAUCUCCUCAUACUAACAAGUAGAGGUGUCAAUUUAUGGGGCUAAUAAAUUUGAGCCCCAGCCCCAUGAUAAUGGGGCCUAAAAAAAAUUCAAAAAUAGUAGGCCCUUAAACACAUAGGGCCCAAAGUUAAAAGGCCCCAAAAUUUAAAAAAGGGCCAUUAGGCCCCAAAUAAAUAAAAUAAAAAACUUAAUUUAAAAAUAAAAAAAUAAAAACUUUUAAAUAAAAAAAUAGGUUAAAAUUUUAAUAAAUAAAAAAAAAUUAAUUUUUUUUAAAAGAAAAUUAAAAAAUACCGUUAAAGAAAUUCUAAAAACAAAAAAAUAACUUUUAAGAAAAAAUAAAAGAUUCGGUUAAAAAAAUUCUAAAAUAAAAACAACUUUUAUGAAAAAAUUAUGUGAAGAAUUUUGAAUAGCAAAUAUAAAAUUGUCCAUUGCUUAAAUGUGAUAUUUUUGUGAGAAUAAAAUUCAUGUCUUUAAAUCUUCCUUAUUUUUCCAUCAAUUAAUUUAUUUCUCUCUUUUUUUUUUUGUCUGGCUAAAUAAUUAUUUUCAAUGGAAUCUUUUUACUUCUUCAUAGUUUAUUCUAUUAUUUUUCUUUGUUAUCUUUUUUCGAAUUCCAUUAUUUUUUUUAUAAUAUUUUCUAUUUGAAACGAUGAAAUUGUUGCCUCCCCACCUUAUUGGCUUUUUCUUAAAUUAUCAAAUUUAAGUUUUUCCAUCUUCAUUAAAAAAAUGUAGCGUUUUUUUUUGAAGAGGAAAAAAUGUACCGUUUUUUAGUUCUUACAGAAUGUAGCGUUUUUUAGUUCAACACAAAAUUUUGAGUGGAAUAAAAUAAGGCCCUCAUAAUGGGGCCAAAAACAAAUGCAUUUUGUAAAGGGCCUAAAAUUUUAGGGCCUAAAAUAAAUUUUAAUAAUUGGGGGCUCAAUAUAUUAGGGCUUUAAUGGGGUUAAAUUAUUAGGGCCUUUAGUUAUAGGGCUUAUUUGACAGCUCUACUAACAAGAACUUAAAAUAGAGAGAACGUCUUCUACUUGUUGUUCAUGAAGAUUUUAGUUUUUGUUCUUAGGUUAAUUUUAUAGUACUUUUUAUGUUAUAUUUCAGUACAAUUAUUUGUAUAUUUCUUUUUUUUUUCUAAAUUUAUAGUUGGUAUUGGAUUAAAGAAAAAUGUGAACGUAUUUAACUAUUCAUUCAUUA